AUGUCCUCAUUCAUACGGGGCCAACGCGCCCUAUCCCAAUUUCACCCCCGCUCCAAUAUUCAAAGACAAUUCCACCCCCGUCUCCCCGCCACGAUUCCUCGCCUCUUCUCAACCUCCGCGGCAUCACACGCCGCAAAGCAAGACUCAACAACCGUGACAACGCCCCCAUCAACCCAAAUCGACGCACCAGCAAGCACCCUUCCCGCCCCUCUAGACCUACCUACAGUUCUCCCUGCAAAUGCCCAAACCUCAGAUAAACUAAAACGUCUCGUGACCAUCGGCCGCGCAUACCUCGCCUUCUACAAAACAGGCUUGAAGAACGUCUACCGCAAUUACCGUGCUUCUUUGCCUCUGCGCGCCUCUCUGGGCUUACCGGCUUAUAUCCCAAUCUCACCCCCCCGCAAAUCCUCCAAUGUCAGUCCCCACAAGGGAAUCGAUAUGGGAAGAGGUCAAUUCCAACUCGUCGUUCGCUCGGCACGAGACGUGCGAAAGAUGAUUCCUUUUACCUUGGUUCUGAUUGUCUGUGGGGAAUUCACGCCCCUUAUUAUUCCGCUCUUUGGUUCGGCUAUUACGCCGGCGACGUGUCGUGUCCCAGGGCAGGUUGCCAAGGAGCGGGAUGGAGCGUCGAAGAGAAAAAAUGCGGCGAUGAGGGCCCACGCGCGUGCCAUUGAGCCUGGGGCGUUGAAUCCCGUUUCGGUGGGGAGUGGGGAGGAGAUGAGGGUUCUUGCGGAGUUUGCGAGCCCCCGUUGGGUGAAGGAGGCGGAUAAGGAUGCGGUUUUGAGGGCUUGUGCUGUUUUUGGACUGGUUAAGAGUCAUGCGAGGCUUGGGGGGAGGGCUCUGGUGGGACUUGUUUAUCGGGCCAGGUUGGAGAGGCAUGUGGAGUAUUUGGGGAUCGAUGAUGGGAUGAUUAGGGCUGGUGGGGGCGUGAGUAGGCUUAGUGCUGAUGAGGUGCGGAUUGCCUUGGAUGAGAGAGGAGCUGGGGAUGUCGCGGCUUUGUAUGCUGGGGAGAAGGUUAAAAGGGCGGAGAGGAAGUGGUUAGAGAGGUGGUUAGAUGUUAGGGAGGGGGAGGUGAAGAGUAGAACGGGGCAGAGUCGCGUUCUCUGA